AUGACAAAUAUUAAAUUCAAGCUUACUCCAGCCCAAAAGAAGAAGUUCAAGGAUAGCUGUUUUGGCCACUUUUUGAAGUCCAACGAUAUACAAUUUAGUGGCCACAUCGUUAACAGCAUGCUAUAUAGGCAAUGCAUUUAUGACGACCAGGAUGAUAUGGUAUUUAAUUUUGGAGGUCACACCACUAGAUUUACAUGUACAGAGUUCGCAAUUAUUACAGGUUUAUAUUUUAGUUAUGAACCCAAUAGACGAGUUAACCUGUCUACGUGUAUUAGUGACAAGUAUUUUGGAGGAAAGCGAAAAGUCACUAACUCAGAGAUAAUUGAAGCUUUCAUGACCUCACAAUGUCAAGAUGAUGAUGAAGAUGAUGAUGAUAAAUUGAAGUUGGCAUUAUUAUAUUUUCUAGAGACUGUUCUUCUUGGCAACGAAAGCAUGGUCACUGAUCCCUAUAAUCACUUGAAGACGGUGGAUGAUUUAGACUACUUCAAUAAGUAUCCAUGGGGUAGUUUAUCGUAUAGUACCACCAUCAUAUCAUUAAAGAGUUCUUUUAAGUAUAGGGAGUCCAUGGCAAUGAACAAGUCAAAGACUUAUAGUUGUUUGGUGGGUGACGUAUUGGAUGCAACCGAAUAUGAGUACUCAUUCAUUGGCAAGAUUUCUUGGGAUGUCCAUCAUGAUACUACGUCAUAUAGGGUUGUACCAGUUGUCAGAGAUAAGCCACCAUAG